CAAAAUUUAGAAUGGAAAAUGAAUUCUUUUAAAUACCAAACACAAAUAUAUUUCAUUUCAAAAUGAAUUCCUUAAAAUUUAUGAAAUUCAUUUAUACCAAACGGUAUGUAAAUAAUGAUAUGGUGCCACGGGUUACAACUAAUUACAAGUUGGAUAUCAAAUGCACACACUACCUCGUUAUUGUUUGUGUAAACGGUAAACAAAGACAUCGUAAAAUUUUAAUAAAUAAUUUUAGAACCUUAUAAAUAUACGUUUAUAAAUGUUCGAUUUAGAGCUUACAAACUUUUAUUUAGCAUGUAUGAAUUUCUCAUAAUCAUUCUCAAUUUAUAGUUGUAUGUCGGAUGUAUAAAUAAAAGAAUAAAAGGUACAACAUAGUUCAUAGACGUCCUCGUAUUUUCAUAUGAUAUCACACUACCAACAAUUAUACUGUGGUAUUACAUUUUCGUGAAAUGAAAACUCGAAAUCAUUAUACAUAAAACAUAAAAUACGCUUGUAUAACUUUUAGCACCCUAUUGGCUUCUCAUUUUUCUUCUUUUUGCAGCAAAUGAAAAAGGUGAAAUUGUUUUUUCUUUUCUUCUGACCUUCUUGUUUUGUUUUCCAGUGAAGUGAAACUUUCGUCACCGGAGCAGCCACAAGAAAGAAACCCACUGUUAACUGUUAAAGGAAACAACAAACCGAGAAAGAAGAAAAAGAAAAAAAGAAUGGAUUUGCCUUGCCAAAGAAACAAGUUCAACAUAGGAAAUUUGUUUACAAUUACAAUUCGACAAGCUUGUUAUUUAUUUAUUUUACGUAAUAAUGGUAAUAAAAUAAGCAACCAAUUCACAGUUUGAUGCUGCUGCGCUGCUUAUGUCAUUGUACUACCACCGCUUCCUUUCCGCCCACCUUCACAUAUAUAUCUUCCUCCGUUCGGCAGCCAUUUUUGUCCGCCUAACAGUACAAAAAGGGAGAUUCAGCCUCCCUCGUGUUUUCCUCCCUCUACAGUAAUAAACAUACAAAUCACAAACAGACGACUUUUUUCUUCUAGUUCCGCUGCUUCCUCUCCUCUUUCUUCAGCUCCCUCUGCUGCCUGCUGAAAUCCCCCGAAGAAACUCUAGGGAACUGGGUUUUUGCUUCCUUUUCCAAUAAAAUCCGAGCAGGGUUUUGCUAAUCUCAGUUUUCCGGUUGAUGGGCAUGUGAUUGAGAGAAGGAAAGCUGAAAGCUUCUCUUACCUGAUUUUGGCUUGCUGUACCAAGGACGGAGGCUUAGCUGUUUCGUUGUUUUUGUCUGAUUCGUGUGGCUAGAAGGUGAAUUGACCCCACGGAAGGGACGAAUUGUAUUGUUGCGAUGAUGACACUGCGAAAUUAAUGUGUGGGAAGUUCUGUUGUCUUUUUUCUUCUUCUUUGCUAUAGUCUGUUUGAUUGAGCUGGAGUUGUGUCUAUCUAUCCAUCCUCAAUCGCCUAUCUCUGCUCUACUUUCCAUUCCUUCUUUCUGUUGGCAAUUUGUUUGUUUUCUUCUACCUCUCUCUCUCUCCCACCUUCUUUUCCUUUUUCAGUCUGCUGCAACCUUUCAAGCAUUAAAUCGCUUCUGGCUCUUAGGAGCGGUUCUGUUUCUUCUUCCACCUUGGAUUCGGCUUUGGCAGUAGAUAAGUUAAGAGUUGUUUAAUUUUUUAUCUUCUUCUUCUCUCUCCCUAGAUGAGGCCGCUGGGUCCAGGUUCAUGAAUAAGUUCCUUGGCAAGCUUGGUUUUCUGCUACUUUAUUACUUCAAGAAAGGUCUAGCUUUUCCAAUAGGGAGUGAUUUCCUACCAUUGGGUGUUCUUAGCGGCUGGUUUUAGUCUCUAGAAACGGAACUUUUUUUUGGUUCCCUAUGAAUUCUAGCAUGGAGAUAGAAGGUAGGAACGAUAUCGAUGAAGACAGCGAGUCAAACAGAGGCAGCAUGUGGGAUUUGGAUCAGAAGCUUGAUCAGCCCAUGGAUGAAGAAGCUGGAAAGCUCAAAACUAUUUACAGGGAAAAGAAAUUCUCAGCAAUUCUGCUUCUUCGGCUAGCAUUCCAAAGUCUUGGAGUUGUUUAUGGGGACUUGGGCACAUCUCCAUUGUAUGUGUUCUACAAUACUUUCCCCAAGGGAAUCUCUGAUCCGGAGGAUGUAAUUGGAGCUCUUUCCCUUAUAAUAUACUCUCUUACUCUUAUACCUCUCCUCAAGUAUGUCUUCAUUGUGUGCAAAGCAAAUGACAAUGGUCAAGGUGGUACACUGGCUCUGUAUUCUUUACUUUGUCGACAUGCAAAAGUAAAGACGAUUCCCAAUCAACACCGGACGGAUGAGGAUCUGACAACCUAUAGUCGCUCUACUUUCCAUGAACAAUCUUUUGCUGCUAAAACUAAGCGAUGGUUAGAGAAUCAUGCAUUUCGGAAGACUGGGCUUCUUAUUCUUGUUCUUGUUGGUACCUGUAUGGUGAUUGGCGAUGGAAUUUUGACUCCUGCUAUUUCUGUUCUUUCUGCCGCUGGAGGGAUCAAGGUGAACAAGCCAGGAAUGAGUGGGGAUGUCGUCAUAGUGGUUGCUGUUGUAAUAUUAGUAUGUCUCUUCAGCAUGCAACAUUACGGGACCGAUAAAGUUGGCUGGCUCUUUGCUCCCAUCGUCCUUCUUUGGUUUCUGUUAAUUGGGAGUAUUGGCAUAUACAACAUAUGCAAAUAUGAUGCAAGUGUUCUUAAAGCCUUUUCGCCUGUGUAUGUUUACCGAUAUCUUAAAAGGGGAGGCAGAGAUGGGUUUAUGUCUCUUGGAGGGAUCAUGCUUAGUAUUACAGGUACCGAGGCACUUUUUGCUGAUCUAGCCCAUUUCCCUGUUUCGGCCAUUCAACUUGCUUUUACGGUAGUAGUUUUCCCUUGCCUCCUGCUUGCAUAUUCGGGUCAAGCUGCUUAUCUUGUGAAAAACAAGGAACACGUAGUUGAUGCUUUUUACCGCUCUAUCCCAGAGAGCAUAUACUGGCCAGUGUUUCUUAUCGCUACUGCAGCAGCUGUGGUUGCAAGUCAGGCCACAAUCUCAGCGACAUUCUCAAUAAUCAAGCAGGCACACGCUCACGGCUGCUUCCCAAGAGUGAAAGUGGUGCAUACCUCCAAGAAUUUCCUAGGACAGAUUUACGUCCCCGAUAUCAAUUGGAUCCUUAUGAUUCUGUGCAUCUGCGUCACCGCUGGAUUUAAGAACCAAAGCCAAAUCGGAAAUGCUUAUGGGACGGCAGUGGUAAUAGUCAUGCUGGUGACUACCCUCCUGAUGGUCCUGAUCAUGAUCCUUGUGUGGCGCUGCCACUGGAUCCUAGUCGUGCUCUUCACCGGCCUAUCCCUUGUGGUGGAAUGCACCUACUUCUCGGCCGUGCUCUUCAAGGUCGACCAGGGAGGUUGGGUCCCACUCGUCAUCGCGGGUGCUUUCCUCAUCGUCAUGUACGUCUGGCACUACGGCACACUCAAACGCUACGAGUUCGAAAUGCACAGUAAGGUCUCGAUGGCGUGGAUCGUAGGCCUCGGCCCCAGUCUGGGACUGGUGAGGGUCCCCGGGAUAGGCCUGGUCUACACUGAGCUUGCCAGUGGCGUCCCGCACAUCUUCUCCCAUUUCAUCACCAAUCUUCCCGCCAUCCAUUCCGUCGUGGUUUUCGUGUGCGUCAAGUAUCUCCCCGUGUACACGGUACCUGAAGAGGAGCGGUUUCUGGUAAAAAGGAUCGGCCCCAAGAACUUCAGAAUGUUUAGGUGCGUGGCCAGGUACGGAUACAAGGACCUUCACAAGAAAGAUGACGACUUUGAGAAGAAGCUGUUCGACAGUCUCUUCCUCUUCGUCCGGCUCGAGUCCAUGAUGGACGGGUGUUCGGAUUCCGACGAGUACAGCUUGUACGGACAGCAAACACAACAUUCAAGGGAUGGACUGUUGAACGAGAACGGGAACACGGUUGGGUCGGUGGUGGAUACGACGCUGUCUUCCAUAGAUUCGAUCGUGCCGGUGAAGGUGACGACGACGGUGGGAUCUUCGGGGCAGGCGAGCAGCCAGACGGAGGUUGACGAGGUGGAGUUCUUGCAUAGCUGUCAGGACGCGGGAGUUGUACAUAUAAUGGGGAACACGGUGGUGAGAGCGCGGAGGGAGUCGAGGUUCUACAAGAAGAUUGCGGUGGAUUACAUAUACGCGUUCCUUAGGAAGAUUUGUAGAGAGCAUAGUGUGAUUUUUAAUGUCCCCCAUGAGAGCCUGUUGAACGUUGGACAGGUCUUCUAUGUGUAAUUAAGAAGAAAUCUUGUGCUGUGCUUCGUUCCCGUUUAGUCGGGUGAUUGUUUGAAAAAAGCGGGAAAUGGCCCACUCUCUCAUUGUCAUCUCUAUCGCAGUAUCAGGAUCUGUGACGCUGCCAGCGUGUCGAAUGGUGGUUCUUUGCUACACAAUUGGUCACAGGCUCACAGCAAUAUAUGGCAUAGGCUCACGAAGUCGAGCCUUCUAAACUCCAUACUCCAUACCCAGUUGCCUUCCUCUGUACAUUUUUGGUGAAACGUGGCAUAGGCUUUUCCAUUUUU